AUGGCGCCCGACUUGAAUACCCUGCCCGCUUCCCCUCAUGCAUCGCCCUCGCCCCGCAACCAGUCGCCGACAAACUCACGCACCAUGGCUACUUCACCGCACUCGCUCGCUGCCACUGCCGCCAUGAACGCAGGCAUCCACAAUGAAGAGACGCGCCGACCCUCUUCGGGCAGUAUGCGCAGGGACGUAGAGCGCGCCCGUCGCCGAUCGAGCAUCCGCAUGAACCUCAACUUGAACGAUCCAGCUAUCCCAGCGCCUGGAGAAAUGCAGCAGAGUCCAUCCUCCCGCAGCAGGGGCCCAUGGCCGCAUAGCCCGCACCAUGAGCGCACUCCUAGCCUGGGCGAGCUCCACCAAGAGCUAGAGUACGAGCAGGAAGGACAGGUGAACCGCCUGCUCAACAUGAUCCGCAGCCAGCAAGCCCAGAUCAACACUCUCCAGGCCAACCAGCCGCAACCUUCUGCUUCUGCUGUAGAUGAUGGCACACCAACCUCGGAGCGCUCCAUGUCUAUUCCCCCGUCCCUCUCACAUUCUACAUACAUUUCUCCACCUGUCACUUCGCCUUUGCCGUCUGCUGCACAACCACGGUCUCGUUCGCCCUUUGGCUUUGGUACCAUCAGUCGUCAAUCGUCUUUUGCCGACCGUUCCCGCCACAGCAGCCAUGCCGGCUCUCCGGCUCUACGUCCUGUACCAGGCCAAGCUGGACCCUACGAUUCCCAUGAUAUGCUCCCUAGCCCAGCAGCGACUUCAAGAGACGAAAGUGCCUUCUACCAGGCCGAGACCCAGAAUCUGACCCGGGAAAACCAGAUGCUAAAGCUAAGGAUAAGAGAACUUGAGCGCCAGCUAGCAGAUCAGAACCCCACCAGCCAAGUCACCCAUUCGCCCACCGUCCACUCCGGCCUUGCUCCUGCUUCGACUCGCGAAAGCACAGAUCGGGGUAGCGAGGGCGGUCAGCCGCCUGCGUCCACAGAGUAG